AUGCGAGCCUUUCUUCUGCUCAGCACCACAGCGAUUUCUGUCUUUGCCUCUCGUAAGUAUGGCUAUAUUGUUACGCGGAUAGAGUCCAUGUGUUCUAAUUAUCUUUCGCUCACUUCAGAGGAAAACCAUAACUUGGCCAGCACAGAUGUAUCCAAACUUACCAACCGAGCCCUCCCCAAUGCCCCCAAUGGCUACGCACCCGCUAAAGUCGACUGCCCCUCUCCCCGGCCGAGUGUACGUAGUGCGGCAAAUCUUUCCUCGAGCGAACGGGACUGGCUCAAGCUGCGACACCAGGAAACCCAGCAUUCCAUGAAGGAUUUCUUUGGUCACGUCAAGAUCAGCGACUUUGAUGCUGUCAAGUAUCUGGAUAGCCACUCAGACAAGCCCUUGAGUCUACCAAAUGUUGGAAUUGCAGUUUCAGGUGGUGGUUAUCGUGCUUUGAUGAACGGAGCCGGCGCCUUGAAGGCGUUUGACAGUCGCACUGACAACUCCACCGCAGCAGGUCAGCUUGGUGGUCUCCUUCGGUCUGCAACAUACCUCACAGGUCUCAGCGGGAGGAUGACUAACACCCUGGGAACCCCAUGGCAGUUCUCUAACUCCAUUUUGAAAGGACCAGAUGAUGGUAGCUCUCUUUUGGAGUCUGCGAUGAAGUACUACGGGCAGUUAUCUGAUGCCGUUGGAGAAAAAGGAAACGCUGGCUUCCCAAUUACCUUCACGGAUAUCUGGGGUCGUAUGCUGUCCUACCAACUCAUCCAUGCUUUCGAAGGAGGAAUCAACUAUACCUGGAGCUCAAUCGCAGCAACGGAUAACUUCAAGCGCGCUGAGAUGCCCUUGCCCAUUCUCGUUGCCGACGGUCGGAACCCAGGAGAGCACGUCGUCGGAGGCAACGCAACAGUAUACGAGUUCAACCCGUGGGAAUUUGGCUCAUUCGACCCUACAAUCUUCGGAUUCGCACCACUGGAGUACUUGGGCUCCAAGUUCGAAAAGGGUGUCGUGCCAUCCAACGCAAAGUGUAUCCGCGGAUACGACAGUGCUGGUUUCGUGAUGGGCACAUCCUCCAGUUUGUUCAAUCAGUUCUUGUUGAAUGUCAACUCGACUGAUCUGGGAGACACUGCCAAGAACAUCAUCCGUGAUGUCCUUGGUGCAGUGGACGAGGAAGCAUUCGACAUUGCCAACUACACGAAUCCCUUCUACCAUUCCUCCAUCGGGUCCCCUCUGACCAAAUCUCCAUAUCUCGCUGUCGUGGAUGGCGGAGAAGACUUGCAAAACCUUCCUCUGCAUCCUCUGAUUCAGCCAGAAAGAAAGGUCGAUGUGAUUUUCGCCGUUGAUUCUUCUGCCGAUACCAACAACUGGCCUGAUGGCACAUCCCUCGUUGCGACGUACGAGCGCAGUCUCGAGAGAAGAAUCAACAAUGGAACCGGUUUCCCAUCUAUCCCAGAUCGCAACACUUUCGUGAACUUAGGUCUCAACAACAAACCAACUUUCUUUGGUUGCGAUACCUCCAAUCUCACUGGCACUCAAUCAAACUCCCCUCUAGUCGUGUACAUCCCCAACUCGCCUUAUGUGACUCACUCCAAUUUGUCGACAUUCACCAUGAGCUACAACAGCACUGAGCGGGACACAAUGAUUCUGAAUGGUCAUAAUGUCGCCACGAUGGGCAACGGCAGUCGAGACUCAGAGUGUUCGACCUGCGUCGGCUGUGCUGUGUUGAGUCGCUCACUGGAGCGUACCAAUACCAGCAUUCCAGUGUCUUGCAACAAGUGCUUCGAGCGAUACUGCUGGAAUGGAACUAGGGAUAGUCGCACCCCUGCCAACUAUGAUCCGGCUCUGGUCCUGGCUGAAGUCGAUGUGACUAGCAAGGCGAGCAUAGUUGCUGUCUCCAUGGGUUGGGGUUGUGUUGCUCUUCUGUUCACAAUAUUGUUUGUUUAG